CAGAGCACGCAGACGCAAGCAGCGUUUCAGAAAUGGCGGCUGAUGGUGGUAAUGCUUCGCUGCAGCUACCCUGCGUUUUUUCACCUAAAUCACGACAGUACUUAGCACUGUGUGCCCAGGAUGGCAGGCUUCGUAUUUGGAACACAGAUAGUAAAACACUUCAUCAGGAGUUUGUGCCUUCAGCUCAUUUGAGUGCCACUUGUACGUGCAUAGCCUGGGGACCAUGCCGGACAGUCAAGGAGGGGCCUCAGAGGAAGAAGAGGAAAUCGGAGGCUGUGCAGGUGGAGGAGAAGGCUGACCUGUUGGCAAUGGGCACAGCAGCUGGCAGUGUGCUCAUCUACAGUACAGUGAAAGGAGCACUGCAUUGUACCCUGGAUGGAGGCCAUAGUGGAGGAGUAAAUUGUGUCCAGUGGCACCCUGAAGACAGCUUAUUAUACAGCGGCUCAGACGAUACAAAUAUCGUAGAGUGGGACCUGCAGACGGGCAAGACGAGAAGUAAGUGGAAGGCCGACCGUGCAGCAGUGACCAGUUUGUGUGUGAGUCCUGAUGGGAAACUGCUGCUUUCAGCAGGACAAACGAUUAAGAUGUGGGACUUGGAAACCAAGGAGGUUUACAGGAAAUUCACUGGCCACUCCACUGCUGUGACGACCCUGUGCUUUGCCACCACGCGACCUCCUGACAGCAACGGCCUCUAUUUUCUUUCAGGAGCUGCACACGAUCGACUGCUCAGUGUGUGGCAAGUACGAGAAGAUGGGAAGGACAAGAACUCGGUGGUGUCCUUCACGCUGACAGAUGAGCCGCAACACAUCGACCUCGUUGCGUCCAACAGCAAGGAAGAGGCUGUGAGGCUGGCAGUGGUGUGUAAGGACGGGCAGCUGCACCUCUUUGAGCACUUUUUAAAUGGGCCCUGUAAGAAGCCCUUGUCACCUUCGUGUACGAUGCAGAUGUCAGACACAAAGGAGUCCCCAAUGCCAAUCCCCCUGCUGGCAGCUGCGCUGGGAGCCGAUACUCGAACUGUCCUGCUGGCCUAUGGCAACCACCUACAGCCAGUAAUGGAGAAAGUGGAAAUCAACACAGCAGAGAGACAUGUGUGCCUGACCCGAGAUGUUCAGACCAGCUUGUCCCUCUCAAUGGAAACAACCGUCUCCAAGGUGAAAACUCCAAUUGUCAAAGCCAACUGUAGAGUGUUGGUCCCAGGGCUUCCUGGUCACCAAGCCCUGGUGAAAGGAACCUCACAGGGAUCAGAGAAGAGGAAAAAAGACACCGACACCAAAGAGAUGUCAAUAGCAGAGCGGCUUGGUGAAAUUGAUCUGUCUACAGUCUCCAUCGAGAAGGGAGCUCCUAAAGGGACGGCCUCAUUACAGACAGACAAUUUUGCGGUACUCCUGGUGCAGGGCCUGGAGAGCAAUGACGCCAGCAUCCUAAAUAAAGUUUUGCAGACUCGCAAAGAGAUGGUAAUAAAGAAGACAGUUGCUCGGUUACCCCUCCCUGCUGUUCUGCCACUGGUUGAAGAGCUCACAAAGAGGCUCCAAGGGCAUCCUUUUACGGCAGUUCUAAUAGUGCGGUGGCUCAAGGCUGUACUCAUGCACCACACAUCAUACCUGGCAUCGCUGCCAGACCUGGUUACUAAGCUGGGGGUCCUUUAUCACAUGAUUGAGAGCAGAGUGAAGAUGUUCCACAAGCUAACAAAGCUGCACGGGAAACUGUAUCUCCUAACGACACAGGUGGCGACAAGCGACAGCAGCAACACGGUUUCAGAUGUCGAUCACACGGCUAAGCUGGUGUAUGAAGAGGAAUCAUCUGAUGAAGAUGAGGCUUCUGGUGACGAAGGCCUUCCUGAAAACGACUCUGAUCACUGGGAAGAGGAGGAGGCAAUGGAGGAAACAGUGGAAGAUAACAAGGAGGAGGAUGAAGACGACGAAGAUGAGGAUCCCGACAGCAGAACAGAACCCAAAGCGAACGGAGAGGAGGACAUGGAACAUGAAAACGAGAGCGAAGAAGAAUAAGAACAAAGAGAAAUACCAAUCAUACUUACAAUGGACCUCAAAGAGCUAUAUAUACUUGCGUUUUAUUUUCAACCUUUUGAUUUUAUUAUUGGAAUAAAACAAGGUUUUACAAAAUCAAGGGACACAUUGAAAUGAGGCCAGACCCAGCCCCUGCCUCACCACAACUCAUUUCAGCCACAAGGUCGGUGAUGUCGAGCUCAUUUCUUCGUCUCAGCAACAUUCUGCAAAAAUGUAAUUGAUGCAAGUUCUCCCUCUGCUGUGUCGACUUGCAUCCCAGCUCUACAUCCUGCGCGCAUUACAAGGACUGAAAAGUAAUUUGGUGGUGUUCAGUUUGCCUACACUGCAGUCAGCAUUCCAAAUUUUCUAUCUUAUUAUAAUUAAUAGUACUAGAUUAUAUUGUAUGUGCAGCUUAACAGUACAGCUCUCUGUGAUUGGUUAUUCUAACACCUCUGUAGGCCAACGGGAACAGCACACACAUGCAAACAGCGCAGGACUGGAGUUGGGAUGCAGUUCUCACCCACGACUGUUGUACAGAAUACCAGAGGUGGGAUUUCCAGGCAAGACCAUACAUCAUAAGCCCACACAAUGUAAAUCUGUAUGUACAGUGAAGUGUUUGUAUGAGCUCUUCCCUCUACAGCUAUCUCCCAGAUAUCCUUGGGAUUAAAUGAACCCUUGUAAAGUCUCCUGAAUGCUGUUUUUUUCCCCCCCUUUUUUUAAUAGUCUCCAGAUUUGUUGCAGCCCUCUUGUUUUAACUGUGUUCUUUUGUGCAUUUAGUUUCUGGGCAUGUCCUGAUGUCCACUGCCUUCAACCCAUAGUCACAGGGGCAACUGAGUCAAAAAAAAAAAAUGUGAAUUUUGCUCAAAUAGGUGAAUAAAUGGGUUUUCAAAAUGA